UAUCUCAUCCGUCAUCUCCACUCUCUCCAUCGCCCACAGCUACUGUAUCGCUCACACUUCCUGACCACACUUCCCCAGGAAACCACUCCAGAACACAGAUCCUUAACACUACCAAACACAUUCCUGUGUGCGUUAGAGAGAGAGAGAGGGAGACGGAGUAUGUUUGUGUGUCUUUGAGAGUCUGUAUUUGUGUCUGUGUGGUACGUCAGCCUGAGAGUCUUGUAGAUGUAGAUAUGGCGGACGCGUUUCUGAAGGAGCAAGACUCGUUCUUCUGUCCGAUCUGUCUGGACCUGCUGAGAGACCCGGUGGCCAUUCCGUGUGGACACAACUACUGCAUGGGCUGCAUCAGCAGCUACUGGGACCAGGACGAGCAGAGAGGCUGCUACAGCUGCCCCCAGUGCAGACAGACAUCCCCACAGAGACCCGUGCUCAACAAGAACCCCCUGAUCGCUCAGCUGGUGGACAGGGUGAGGGCCAGACUGACAACAGCUCCCUCCGCCCGCCGCUACUUUCAUCCUGGACAGGUAAGGUGUGAGUUUUGCUCUGGGGACAAACGCAGGUCUGUCAGACGCUGUGCUGCAGAUGCAGGCUCAUCAGACUCUGCAUCUGGUUGCCGGGCGUCUGGAGAAGUUAGACCUGUAGAUGAACAUGAUGGGCUGGAUGCAGUGGAGCAGCUGAGAGACAACAUCAGCUCUCACAGAAAGAAGCUUCUGGAGAUUUUCUGUCGCUCCCACCAGCAGUGUCUCUGCCACCAGAGUCCAGCAGACGAACACAAAGGCCUCCAGGUAGCCAUGACGACUGAAGAGACGACAGGUAAACAGAGGCACUUUCAUAAAUACCAUGACAAAUCCCAUCAGAGGAUCCAGGAGAGAGAGAAGGAGCUGCAGGAGCUGAAGAAGGCUGUAGAGACUCUCAAGCUCUCUGCCCAGGCGGCUGUGGAGGAGAGUGAGAGCAUCUACAGUGACCUCCUGCGCUCCAUAGAGAGGAGAGCUGAGGAGAAGGCCAAGCUGCAGCUGGCGCAGGAGCUCCUGAGGAGGCUGCAGGAGGAGGUCGGGGAGCUGAGGAAGGAGACUCGUCCGGGCCAGCGCUCCCUCUCAUACCACACAGCACACAUCCCUCAGGUACUGAUGGGGUCCUACACCGGGUUGGACCAGAGACAGUAA